CUCUUUUUUUUUUUAAAAAAAAAUACAUUUAUUUCGAACUUUUAAUUUCUUGCUCAAAGAAAGGAAACUCUCAUCAUGGCAAUGUUCAUCAAUCCAAGGCGGCGAAUAACUGUCAUUAUCGUUGCUCUUGGUUUAGGAUUGACAUACUUGCUAUUGAUUAACUAUCAGACAACUCCUGUCCUAGAUAUUUCUCCAGGUUCUAUUCGGCAACAGCAGUCGAAAUCGACAAAGAAAGUCCAACCUAUUCCUGUAUAUUAUCCAAAGCCAUUCGAAACUCACCAACCUACGCCAGAUGAAAAAUAUAUUGCCUACUUGCCUCAUUCUGGAUUCCACAAUCAGCGUAUCGAAUUAGAGAAUGCAUUGCUAUUGGCUGCCUAUCUCAACCGUACAUUACUCCUGCCGCCUGUGUUUCUCGGUAAUCCCGCCAUGCCCUGGUUGCGUUUUGAGAAACUCUAUGAGCGCUUGCUGUUGCAGACAAAGCGUGGCUUGGAGCAUUGCAUUGAAUUGAAGGAUGACGAUCCGUUUCCGAGUGAAUGCCUGAAUUACUUUACUUGGACGAGUGUGCCGUGGUCCUUCUUUUAUGACAUGAAGGAGAUUGAGCGUUAUGUGCGGAUUGUGUACCGGGAUGACCUGAGUCUUGAUUGGGUGCAUUCGACUUUGAAUGUUUCGAGUGAUGAUGUGCACCUCAUCAAGGAUACGUCCGCUUAUGAGUUCCGUGUCUUUGACGAUCCUAACUCACCAACAGGACUGGCAAAGUAUGUCCACCGGAUCGAUGUGUCGGACCUCCUUGCGAUCGAGGAGCCAGUUCUGCACUUCAGCUCAGUAUUUGGAACAUACCGUGUAUUGGCACAAACUCCCGAACAUGCCGAAUUAUUAAGGCAUUUUAGAACGCACAUGAUUUUCCGUAAUCCAGUUCUGGUUGAUACGGCCAAGCGUAUUGUAGAUCGGCUUGGUGGAAUCGAGCAGUUUGUUGGGCUGCACAUUAGAGUUGGCGAUGGACUGUUUAAGGUGCGAGCUACGAUCAAUAUUGACAAUAUUUUCCAUCAGCUGGUGGAUGAGUUUACCGACCUAGAUCUCGAUCAAGUCAAGACAUUUGAUCCUCAGCACGAUCUUGACCGGAUGGAGAACACCGAAUAUGAAGUGAAGCAGCUCCGCGAAUUCCAAACGAUCGCCGACAAGCCUAAGCCGAUCGCUGUGAGCCAUCCAGCUGAAAUCAAACAGAGGCUUGGGAACCGGCCACCUGGACUGCAAUCGCAGUUGAGCUGCGGGGAAAGCAAUGAGGUCACCAGACAUUUCUGUAAAACUGUGGUCUAUAUAGCAACCGAUUGCCCUAACCCGCGUAAACAUCCUCUCCUGCAAAAGAUAUUCAAGCUUUUUCCAUGCACAUUUGUGCUCGAUGACUUUUUGGAUGAGCUCGAUGAUUUGCGCCGAGUGGAGGUUGUUGAGGAAAAGGUGCGCCUAGAGUCUUAUUUGAUUCCAAUGGUGGACGCAAUGAUUUCCGCACAGGGACACACAUUUAUUGGCACAAGUGACAGUACAUUUACGAGUUACAUUGAACGACAACUCCACCCUGUCUAUCGACACAAGGAGGUCAAGCUAAUGAAAGGCUCCAAACCAGCUCAACCCCCAGUCUAGGAGCCAAGAGCAUAUAUAUAUAUAUAUAUAUAUAUAUAAAUAUAAAUGUGUGUGCUUGUGUGCUUGUGUAGAUAUAUAGAUAUAUGAAUAUAUAAAUUUAUAAAUUAUAUAUAUAUAAAUAUAUUUUCAUGUAUUAAAUUGUAUGUAAUAAAUA